AGCAGGGUGGAGAGGUGCAAGUCAUCAGCACCUACGGAAACUGAGGCCAGGGGAGAAGCGGGCGGGAUUGCGAGUUUCCGACCUCCCGCGCCUGCACCUAGUGUGCCCAAACCCGCACCUGCGCGGGUUCUCUGCACCUGCUGCUCGCGCCGUCUCCCAGGUCCCGCCUCUCCUGUUGUUGAUUGGCUACGGCGGGCUCAAGAGCUACGCAGAAACCAGCCAAUGGGAGUAGCCCACGGCGAGUCUUUCCCGGGAAGCCGACGUCAACGCGAGAACCCGGAAAUGCGAGGGGCGGACCAGUGAGGGGAGCCAACCCGCGGUGAGGAGCGUGACGGGCCGACCAAUGGCGAGUCGGAGAGGGCGGGGCCAGAAGGCCGGCGGCGGAGGAGGUCCUGCGAGUUCGCGCCGCGGAGCCUGAGAACGCCGGGAAGGAAGCGGCGGUGCCUGGCCGAGGUGCGCGAUCCGGCUCGCUCUCUCCGACGACUGUGGGUAUGUGCGAGGGGCGCACCCCUGAGUCCAGAUGACACUCAUGCCGAUGGCUUCAGUGGUGGCCGUGGCUGAACCAAAAUGGGUCCCCAUCUGGGGCCGCUUCCUGUGGGUGAUGCUGCUGAGCAUGGCGCUGGGGUCCCUGCUGGCCCUGCUGCUGCCGCUGGGGGCCAUGGAGGAGCAGUGUUGGGCCUUGCUCAAAGGCUUCUCCCUGCUCAGGAGCAGGUGGGACAGGGCCCAGCAUGCCGUCAGCAGAUGCACCAGCCCAUCCACGGAACUCAGCGUCACCUCCAAGGAUGCGGCCCUGCUGGUGGUCAAGGCCGCGUCCUCCCCAGCCGCUAGGUUGGAAGCCAAAGCAGCUCUGCACCAAGCCCUGGAAAUGAAACGCCAGGGCAAGCGGAAGAAGGCCCACAAGCUCUUCUUGCACGCCCUGAGCAUGGACCCAGACUCGGUGGAUGCGCUCACCGAGUUUGGCAUCUUCUCAGAAGAGGAAAAGGACAUCAUCCAGGCAGAUUACUUGUACACCAGAGCGUUGACCAUCUCGCCCUACCACGAGAAAGCGCUCAUCAGCCGGGACCGGACGCUGCCGCUGGUGGAGGAGAUCGACCAGAGGUACUUCAGCAUCAUCGACGACAAAGUGAGGAAGGUCAUGUCCAUCCCCAAGGGCAGCUCCGCGCUGCAGAGGGUCAUGGAGGAAACGUACUACCAUCACAUCUACCACACGGUUGCCAUCGAGGGCAACACCCUCACCCUCUCGGAAAUCAGGCACAUCCUGGAGACCCGCUAUGCGGUGCCGGGGAAAAGCCUGGAGGAGCAGAACGAGGUCAUUGGCAUGCACGCGGCAAUGAAGUACAUCAACACCACAUUGGUUUCCCGCAUGGGGUCCGUCACCAUCAGCGACAUACUGGAGAUCCACAGGCGCGUGCUGGGUUAUGUGGAUCCCGUGGAAGCCGGCAGGUUUCGGACAACACAGGUCCUUGUGGGACACCACAUCCCUCCCCAUCCUCAAGAUGUGGAAAAGCAGAUGCAAGAGUUCAUACAGUGGCUCAACUCCGAGGACGCUAUGAAUCUGCACCCAGUGGAGUUUGCAGCCUUGGCCCAUUAUAAACUCGUUUACAUCCACCCUUUCAUUGACGGCAAUGGAAGGACCUCACGCCUGCUGAUGAACCUCAUCCUAAUGCAGGCGGGCUACCCACCCAUCACCAUCCGCAAGGAGCAGAGAUCUGAGUACUACCACGUACUGGAAGUCGCCAAUGAAGGCGACGUGAGGCCAUUCAUUCGCUUCAUUGCCAAGUGUACGGAGACCACCCUGGACACCCUGCUGUUUGCCACAACAGAGUACCCAGUGGCACUGCCAGAGGCUAAACCCAAUCACUCUGGGUUCAAGGAGACACUACCUGUGAAACCUUAACCCUGUACAUCUUCCCUUGGUGACAAAAGGUUUCCAGGGGGAGAAAAAAAAUCAAAACUUAGCAUUUCUAGAAACCUUGUCGUCUCCAAAACAAAAGGAAACAGAUAAGGAACUUAAACGUUCUUUACCUCCAAAUGUUUUUUUUAGUUAAAGAAAAUAACUAAGUUAUUAAGCCUUGUCUCUAAAAUAACUUAUAAUUCAGCCAAGUUAUUUAUUUUCUUCUUUUGAGCCAGUAAAUGUGUCUGCCAUCUGUGCUGGUGGCCCAUUCUUGUGGUGGUCCCAGCAGGCAUUGGGGCACCAGUGCUCCUUGCAUGACCAGACCAGUACUGGAGCAGAAUUUGCACUAAGGUAAGGAGAGGCCAACACGGGCGAGGUCCAGAGACAUAGGGCGAGUCUGCCGGGUCUUCCUCGGAGACUGGCUGCAAGGCUCUGUGACUGCCUGGAGGUCAGCACUCCCGGGGAAAACCUGGUCCCAAUUUUGAGAAAUGAUUGAAAGCUUGCUUGCUUAGAGGUGCUUGCUUCCCUACAAAGAUUAGUGUUGUGACUAAUUCUUACUGGCAGGGCGAACUUCUGAGAUACAGAACGAAAGCAACGAGUGUUGACAUUUCUAGUUCAGUACCUUGCUUAUUUCAGGGAAGAGCCAUAGUUUGCAAACUCUAGUGUCAGGCUGUUUUUCCAUAUUAAGACUAUUUUUCUAAUUAAUAGGGGAAUGGCCACCCUGGUUUUUCUGUUGAUGUUUCUCUCACUUCAUUUGCAGCAACUCAGACCAGAUGUGUUUGUCUGAAAGUUCCCUGGGCUUUCACCAAACAGCUGAAUCCUGCUGCCAAUCAGGUAUUGUGCAGUCGGGGGAGUCUGCCCUCACCCCCCACUGAGUUUAACUAUCAACACCCAAAAAGCAUCUUGAUAGUGAAUUAGAGCACCAGUUUGUGCUAAACCACAAAAACCCUUUGACCACAGCACUUAUUCACCUGCCCCCACCUCCCACAGCCCCUGUACGCCCUGCGUCCCCCUGGGGGAAGCAGAAUAGAUUGCCUUGGAGUGGCCCUACUUGCCUAACAACUGUGUUUUAUGUCAUAUGGGCAAGCUGUCAUUCUAUGAAGUAGAAUCUUCUCUUUAAAUCACAUACAGCCCAGGUGCCAGUAAAACUGCUGCUAUUUAGUGAGAAUGGCCAGAAACCUCUGCUUCCCAUUCCAGGGGCAGAGCCAUGAUGUCUAACCCUGUGCUGCACUUUGAAUGUCGGUGAGAACAUAAUGCCUCUGAUUUGAGAAUUCAGAUCCUGGUAGUAACGAGGGCACUGCUCUUAUGUAGCAAGUGUUUAGUUUAUAGUUAUUUAAUUGUUUAACAAGCACAUUCAGAAUGGUUUUCUGGAAAAUAAGUAUAAAGAUGUAUGACAUGGCCCCAAGGUGAUAGUUAUUCAGACCUUUAUAAAAAUAUUUUCAUACUU